AUGGAAGAUCUCCCUCUUGAUGUUCAAUCGAAAGUUCUAUCAUGUGUUCAUCGCGAGUCCGUUCUGGAGUGCAAACUUGUGUCAAAAACUUGGAAUACUCUCCUUUUACAUCGAAAGAUUGCAGCUGGUCUCUUACUUUCUGCUGUAGAAUGGGUAACACUUACACUUGGUUUUGGAUACUAUGACGACAUUCUUCGUAUUCCAUUGGAUAAACAUGACGAAGGAGAAAGCUUUUACGAUAAAUUUACAGAGAUCAAACAUCCUUUUGCUGAAAAAGAGUUAUAUGAGACAGAAACCCUAGACUUGAGUUUGGUUAGCUCGUGCAACGGUUUGGUUUGUUUAUCUAUGCGUCGGUAUAUAGAUACACAAUAUGUGUCUAGUUUUUGCGUUCUGAAUCCUCUGACGGGAGAAUACUUUAACCUUCCAAUGAUUACAAAAGUCCACGAGAAAAGUCGAGUAGUCUGUGGAUUUGGUUAUGAUCCUUCUGGUAGAAAUUACAAGAUUGCUAGAAUUGAGUACCCCUACAGUGGUUUAAAAGACAAAGCGUGGGUUAAAAUAUAUACUCUUGGAGGCAGUGGUUGGAGAGAUAUCGGAGAAAUUAAUUAUAAUCUAUUAGGUAAAGAAGGUAUACUCUGGAACGGAUCGUUUCAUUGGUUAGACAACACAUUCCAUUGGUUUGAUAAGAACAAACAAUAUUGGAAGAUUGUCGCUUUCGAUUUGGCAGAUGAAAACUUCCGAUAUCUCCCAACAACACCAUGUAAUAAGAAGCAUACUCCGGAAACUCAGCUCAAGCUGCUAGGAGGGUAUUUGAGCAUUGUUAGUAUGGAUCGAGAUAAUGGGCGUCUAGAUAUAUGGAUGUUGAAAAAUAAGCAGAACAACAAUGAUAUCGUUGUCGAAGCGGGAUAUCGAUCUUGGAAAUGGAGUUUGGACUUCAGUAUAUCAAUUUUUCCUUCUCCUAACGAUUAUGAUUCUGAUAGCUAUGAAGCGUAUGCCAUUACUAAAAGCAAUCAAGUUCUCUUAUGGUACAAAUUGCAUACACAGGGCAGAUAUAAUCUUCCAGUAUUCCUUUGUCGAUACGACCCCAAAAAUGACACAUUAAACAAGGUUAUGCAUUUGGGAACUUGUGGUGUUAGCCAUUUCCAGGGAAUACCACAUGUGAACAGUCUCGUGUCAUUAAAAUCUCUGGGAGUAGAUUCAAGGACUACAGCUGAAGUACGUAGCACCAAACGUGCGUUUCCUGGCAGAGGAGGACGAGAAGGAGGAAGAGGAGGAGGAGGAUUUGGACGGGGAGGUAAAGCAGUUGUAUUACUGUCAUUUAAGUGGUAG